AUGGCGACCUUCAUACAGAAGAGAGUGAUGUCUUUCUUCGUUCGCUCUAGCGGCCUGUCUAUGCGACAAACCUUACCAGCCAGACAUAAUCCAAGUCUGAAGCGAAAAAAUAAACCUUUGGUUCGGAGAAAGAAGAGACCAACGCUCUCCAGCCUCCGAAAAACUGCCGAGGUCGUACCUCCAAUUGACCCUGAGUCCUUGUUGAAUACAACGCUGUUAGAGGCAUCGAGGCAGCGAAGGCCGGUGGAAUUAUCACCUGAAGAGAAAGAGAGAAGGACGUUACUCCUAAAAGAGUGGUCAAGGCACAAGAUGCAGCAGCACAAGGAAGAUUUACAGCGCUUCCAGGAACUGGAAAGAUGUCGCGAAGAGGCCUUAAAAGAAUUGAAGAAAAGCUCUCCACUUCUUUACGAAGCCGCCAUUAAAGUUGACGCCAAUUUUUUCCCAAUUGAGUUCAAGGGGCCAACUGAGACGCCACCGAUACCUGACUACUUGGCGCCUGACAUGGAGGAUGUUAAAGCGAAGAACAAAGGAAGACGCUAA